GCUCUGUAGCUCAGCUCAGUCCCUCCUCGGUCCUCCUCUGAGAGAAGAGCAGAGCAGAGCAGAGCCCGGAACUCGAGCGCGGCCCGCGUUGCCGCCCGGAGCGGUGCGGACGCCCAAGAUGGCGGCGGGGCGGGUGUUCGCCUUCCGCGACGCGCGCUGGGCCCCGGACCCGGUGCUGGCGCCGAGCGCGGCCGUGCGCAGUCCUCAGCCGGUGCCGCUGGUGAUCGACAACGGCUCGUUCCAGACGCGGGCGGGUUGGGCCGCCGCUGACCCCUCGGUACCCGCCGAGCCCCUGCUGCGGUUCCGUUCGCUGGCGGCGCGCAGCCGCGGGGCGCGUGGGGCGGCCGGCGCCGAGACGCAGGUGGGCAACGACCUGGGCAGCCCCGAGCCGCUGCGCUGGCUGCUCCGUUCGCCCUUCGACCGCAACGUGCCCGUGCAGCUGGAGCUGCAGGAGCUGCUCUUCGACCACGUCUUCCAGCGCCUGGGGGUCUCCUCGCAGGGUUGCGUUGAUCAUCCAAUAGUUUUGACAGAAGCAGUGUGCAAUCCUUUGUAUUCAAGGCAAAUGAUGUCAGAGCUCCUCUUUGAAUGCUAUCAAGUUCCUAAAGUGUCCUAUGGUGUGGAUAGCUUGUACAGCUUUUACCACAACAGGAGGCAGAACUGGCCUUGCAGUGGGUUGGUGAUAUCUUCAGGCUAUCAGUGUACACAUAUUUUGCCAGUCCUAGAAGGGAGGUUGGAUGCUAAAAACUGCAAGCGUAUCAAUCUUGGAGGCUGUCAGGCAGCUGUGUACCUGCAGCGCCUCCUCCAGCUGAAGUACCCCGGGCACUUUGCUGCCAUCACUCUCAGUCGCAUGGAGGAAAUACUUCAUGAGCACAGCUACAUUGCGGAGGACUAUACAGAAGAACUACAGAAGUGGCGCUCACCAGAGUACUAUGAGAACAACGUGCACAAGAUGCAGCUGCCCUUCUCUAACAAACUCCUGGGGAGCACUCUGACAUCAGAAGAAAAGCAGGAGAGGCGGCAGCAGCAGUUACGUAGACUUCAGGAACUCAAUGCACGUCGUAGAGAAGAGAAGCUGCAGCUGGACCAGGAGAGGCUGGACAGGCUGCUCUAUGUACAGGAACUUCUGGAAGAUGGUCACAUGGAUCAAUUCCACAAAGCUUUAGUGGAGCUGAACAUGGACUCUGCAGAGGAACUUCAGUCUUACAUCAACAAGUUGAGCCUGGCCAUUGAACAGACAAAACAAAAAAUCCUACAGGCAGAAGUCAAUAUCGAAGUGGAUGUUGUGGACAGCAAACCAGAGACCCCUGACUUGGAUCCACUCGGCAGCGAGCAGUCACUGGAAGAUGUCGAAAGUAUUAAUGAGUUUGAACCUUUAUUUGCUGAGGAACAACCUGAAGCUGAGAAGCCUGUUGCUGCGGUGCAGCCCGUGUUUAACCUGGCAGAAUACCACCAACUUUUUCUUGGCACUGAGAGAAUAAGGGCUCCAGAGAUCAUCUUCCAGCCCUCCCUGAUAGGAGAAGACCAAACUGGUAUAGCAGAAACGAUGCAGUAUGUCCUCGAAAGGUAUUCAAAAGAGCAACAAGCUGUUCUUGUGCAGAAUGUUUUUCUUACUGGUGGAAAUGCAAUGUACCCCGGACUAAAGGCCAGAGUCCAGAAAGAACUCCUCGAAAUGAGGCCAUUCCAGUCAUCUUUUCAGGUUCACCUUGCUUCCAGUCCCAUUUUAGAUGCCUGGUACGGGGCUCGGGAUUGGGCAGUGGAGCACAUGACCCAUGAGGAAGGUUGGAUUACCAGAAAAGACUAUGAAGAAAAAGGGGGAGAAUACCUCAAGGAGCACUGUGCCUCCAAUGUCUACGUGCCCAUUCGCCUUCCAAAGCAGGCCCCAAGGACUACAGAGGCAUUAGCACCCAGCAGGGCCCUGGCAGCUGGUACAGGCAAUCCUUGUGAGCAGGCAUAGCAGUGAUGAGCUUUUGUCACAGUCCCUCCUGUGGAGGUAACAGUGCAAGGAAUAAAGCUAAUGCUCUGCAGCCUGAGCUGUGUGUGGAGCAAAGGCCUUGGGCUCGCCUUGUUGGCUGCUCUGAGAGUGCAAAGCAUCUCAUCUGUUGCUUGAAAGAGAUGUACUGCUCUAGAGCUGGAGCGAUUGUAAAGGAUUGUGCUGCUUCUGCAUAGCACGGGGAUGUGAGUCAACAAGGAGGAACGCAGGAAAAAUACAUUCCAGAGGAGAAUACUGUCUUAUGAACUUUUAUAAUAAGACUCGGGGUUAUUUGAAAAUGUUUGUGGAUUUUUUUAAUUAAAAUGUACUGGUUGUA